AUGUCGCCGACCUCAAACUUCCAUCGUCGUUCGCCGCGCCAUGAAUUAUCUCCGACUACUUUCAAUAUUUGGAGAUUUUUGACUUCGAGAAUGCCUUUCCCGCCCACCGCACUUCAGCCCACCCCUGCCGCUCGCCGCGACACAAAAUGCGUCAAGAACCGCACAAGGAUAAUCUUUGAGUUGACGGGAGGAUCAAAAUUCGAGGUCUCGAAAUUUGAUGGUCAUGGAAAUUUAGGAUUAUGGCAGACGAGAGUAAAAGAUUUAUUGGGGCAGCAAGGAAUUCAGAAAGGGCUGCGCGUAAAAAAGCCUAAGGGGAUGGAAGACGAUGAUUGGCAAGAUCUGCAGGAACAGGCGGCCGGGACGAUUCAGUUGUGCCUUGCAGAUGAAGUUAUGUAUCACGUUAUGCAUCUCAAAUCGGCGGAUGAGAUCUGGAAGAAACUGGAAUCGCAGUUCAUGUCGAAAACCCUAACGACAAAACUCUAUAUGAAGCAAAGGGUAUACGGGCUGAAGAUGCAGGAGGGGACCGAUUUAGGGCAACAUGUGAAUAUCUUCAAUCAGGUUGUCAUGGAUUUGGCUUCACUCGAAGUCAAGAUUGAAGAUUAA